AUGACCAUGUCGCAACCAAAUUUAUGUUUUGCCAAUAUUUUGGUUUAUCUAAUUUUGUUAUUAGUAACCAUUCACAAUGUUUCUUCAUUUGUCUAUUACCAACCGAUCAAAAAAUCCCUAAUUUUUUCUCAAAAUGGAAUAAUUAAUAAACGCCAAACGGUCGUUCCAUUGCCAAACGCGGCAGAACCUAUACAGGGACCGAUCCUUUUCAAUACACAAGAAGAACUUAUAGCUACAGUUGAUGCAACAGAAAGUCAUUCAUCGCAAAUUGAAGCUAUUGAUGAAGAAGCUUUAGCAACAAACCUCGACAAUGAAGAAUACGAUAUAUUUGCCGUUUCUUGA